GACAACCUAGAGAAAUACAAGAAGGCAGAAGAGGAGUUACAGAUCACGCUGCUGCUGAAGGAAUAUCAGGAUCUCCUCAACGUGAAGCUGGGUCUCGAGAUUGAGAUCACCACCUACAGGGAACUGAUCGAAGGCGAGGACACCUGUUUAUCAAUAGAGACAUGCGCUGAACCAAUUAUGGGCAUCAGUGUCUCCGGGAGUUUUAGCACCUCGGUUGCGAAGGUGGGUGGAGCCUUGGCUGAACUGGCCGCUGGAGCAAGCGAGGUAGCCUUAAAGCUGCCUUUGUUUUCUAACGGCCAUGAGAAAGCCACGGAGGAGGUCUCUCACGAGCAAGCCGUGGAACUGACUAAAAGGAAGACCAUCCUCAUCAGUUGUUCAUUUCAACAGUUCAACAGUUAAGACAGACAAGGACAUCUUUCAGAGAGACACGCGGGGGCGCACCAUCACCAUCCCCGGAGCCGCAGAUGAGACAGAGGAGUAGUCUGACAUCACACUCUAUAUCUCUACAACAGAUCAUUUCUUCCCCCUUUAAUAAUUAUCCAAAGAUCAUCCUGAAUUAUUAUCUAAUCGUUACAAUUCCAUAUCCUUCUUUUACCUCGUUUGUUGAUUGUAAACAAAGGAGAAAAUGAAGUGUAUUAGAGAUGUAAUACUCAUAUCCCAUAAAAAAACAAAUACUUAUCUCAUGGUACUAAUCUGCUACAACUAAAUGUAUGUUAAUGCACUGUAUUCUAGCUUUUAACUUCUGGUUCUGU